UAGCAUGGCGGCAGCGUCUCGAGCACGCCUGGGUUUCGUAUCCAGGAAGGAGAAGUCGUUCUUUAGUCAACACACAACACUGCCCAGUACGGUGCACUGCCACUGUUCUACUCCGUCUUCCCCGCUUGUCUCUCCCUUCCCCAGCGCGCUAGCUUAGCACAAGGGCCAUAGCCAUGGACGCCGCCGCCAUGGAAUCGCUGAUCCUGGAGCUCCACGCGGUGGAAGCCUACAAGUUCGGCACCUUCGUGCUCAAAUCGGGCCUCACCUCCCCGAUCUACCUCGACCUCCGCGUCCUCGUCUCCCACCCGCGCCUCCUCUCCGCCGUCGCCUCCCUCCUCGGCGACCUCCUCCCCACGCGCCCCUACGACCUCCUCUGCGGCGUCCCCUACACGGCGCUCCCCUUCGCCUCCGUCCUCUCCGUCGCCCGCAACAUCCCCCUGAUCCUCCGCCGCUACCUCGACUCCGGCACUAGCACCACCACCGCCGCCAUGGGCACCCAGGGCUGCUUCCGCGCCGGCCAGACCGUCCUCAUCGUCGAGGAUCUCGUCACCAGCGGCGCCUCCGUGCUCGAGACCGUCGCGCCGCUCCGCGCCGAGGGGCUCCUCGUGGCCGACGCCGUCGUCGUGGUCGACCGCGAGCAGGGCGGGAGGGAGAACCUGGCGGCGCACGGGGUCACGCUCCACUCGCUCAUGACGCUCUCGGAGGUGCUCGCCGUGCUCGUCCGCCACGGGAAGGUCUCCGCGGAGAAGGCCGCCGAGGUCAAGCGGUUCCUCGACGCCAACAGGAAGGUGGCCGUGCCCAUGCCGCCCGUGGCUGUCGUCAGGGCCGGCAGGACGGCGUUUGCUGAGAGGGCGAAGCUGGCCGAGAACCCCGUGGGGAGGAAGCUGUUCCAGGUGAUGGAGGCCAAGCAGAGCAACCUGUGUGUCGCUGCGGACGUUGGUACAGCAACAGAGCUGCUUGAGCUCGCAAACAAGGUCGGUCCGGAGAUUUGCAUGUUGAAGACCCAUGUGGAUAUAUUGUCUGAUUUUACACCAGAUUUUGGUGGCAAGCUCCGUUCGAUUGCUGAAAAGCACAACUUUUUGAUCUUUGAAGACCGCAAAUUUGCUGACAUUGGAAACACGGUAACUAUGCAAUAUGAAGGAGGAAUAUUCCAUAUAUCAGACUGGGCUGAUAUUGUCAACGCCCAUGUAAUUCCUGGACCUGGAAUCAUAGAGGGCUUGAAGCUGAAGGGUUUGCCAAAAGGAAGAGGUUUACUCUUGCUUGCGGAAAUGAGCUCAGCCGGCAACCUUGCUCACGGAGGUUACACGGCGGAAGUGGUGAAGUUUGCUGAGCAACAUUCCGAUUUCGUGAUUGGAUUUAUAUCAGUAAAUCCCGCAGCUUGGUCAGCAACACCAUCAAAUCCAGCGUUUAUCCAUGCCACACCAGAGGUUCAGAUUGUUGCUGGAGGAGAUGCCCUUGGUCAACAAUACAACACACCUCACAGGGCCAUAAACGAGAGAGGCAGCGAUGUGAUGAUAGUCGGGCGUGGGAUCAUCAAGGCGAGCGAUCCUGCCGAGGCCGCAAGAGAGUACCGCAUCCAAGGGUGGAAUGCCUACCAAUCCAGCUUGUCCCUCUGAAGGAUGAUCAUUGAACUCUGCAUUCAGGCGACCGAUGUAAUAAAGAGCAGUUUAGUGCCAUGCUCUGCUCUCAUGUAUAUCCAAUACGAAAAAAUAAUUAAUUAUAGAUCUACAGUUCCUCCAUGAA